UCAAUUUCUCUCUCUCUCUUUUCCCCCUUUGGUGAGUCGGUUAAACCAAACGCAGCAACGCUAUUAACUUUGUGGCACCUGGAAAACCCCUUCAUCAAAGCAUUUCGUGCUGAGGCGAUUAGGGUUUUCUCUGGUUCCGAUUCAGUUCGCUCCAAAUUUCUAUUUUCUUUUCCGAGGGGUUGUAGUGGUUAGAAGAUGCAGGGGGGCAGAGGCGGUCCAGGUGGCAGGAGUCCUUUCCCUGAUUUCAAUGAUCCUUUUGCUGGUUUUGGGGGCUUUGGUGGAUUUGGGGGUCAGAGGAGUUUGAUUUCUAACCUUUUUGGAGGAAGGGAUCCAUUUGAUGACCCCUUUUUCACUCGCCCAUUUGGAGGUAUGUCCCCUUUGGGAGGUAUGUCCCCGUUGGGAGGUAUGUCCCCAUUUGGAGGUAUGCCCUCGUUUGGAGGUAUGCCCCCAUUUGGAGGGAUGUUGGAGUCGAGUUUUUUUGGUCCAGGUGGAGGCAAUUUUCCAGAUAUGCAACCAACUGGGUUCAUUGAGCAUCAGGCGCCAGAGCCUAAGAGACCAAGGGGCCCAAUCAUUGAGGAAAUAGACUCUGAUCAUGAAAAUGAGGAUGCUGAUAAUGAGAAAAAAGAAAAUCCUCGAAAACGCAGUGGACCGAGCAAUGAACCUUAUGUUGAGGAUCCUGAUGAUGAAGUUGAAGAGAAGAGCAGCAAGCAUUUGCAGCAUAGGGACAACUAUAACCGGUAUAACGCUAUGCAAUCCCAGCCUCAAGCUCAAAGCUUCACAUUUCAGAGCUCCAGUGUCUCUUAUGGUGGUGCCAAUGGUGCAUAUUAUACUUCAUCCAAGACAAGAAGGAUGGGGAGUGAUGGGUUGGCUUUUGAGGAAAGUAAGGAAGCUGAUACUACUUCUGGGCAGGCAACACACAGGGUAUCUAAGGGGCUCCGCAAUAAGGGCCAUUCAAUUACUAGGAAGCUCAAAACAGACGGUAAGGUGGAUACAAUGGAAACCUUGCAUAAUCUUAACGAAGAUGAGAUUUCUGGUUUUGAAGAAGCAUGGAAAGGAACUGCUCAAAAACAUUUGCCUGGAUGGACUGAUAAAUUUGGUGGUUACGAAAAUCUAGGAGCUAGCAGCAGUGGACGUGAGGAGGCUAGUCGGGGAGGUUGGGCGCUUCCUUCCAACGAGAGUUCACAGAACCCUGGAAAUAUGAUGUCAGAUGCCAAAGAGAAGGCAGGAUCUUCCCGCUCGAACCAGUCUGGUAGGAAGAGAGCAGAUGUUAGGGAUAAGAAUGGUUAUUCCCGUGGGAAAGGGUUUGAAAAAUUAUUAUAUGCUCUUUACAGUUUGGCUUUACAUGCACGCUCAAAUUCCAAAGACACCAAAUCAGUAAUAAACAUUUUCAAUGUAAAAAUUGAGAGCCUUACUAUUUUACGUCAGAAUCAUGGGAACGGGAUCGAACUCGAGGGCAUUUUACAUCAGAAUCAUGGGAACGGGAUCGAACUCGAGGGCAAGGGGGCUGAUACACUAACUUAG